UAUUACCAAGUUGCACCCAUCUGCAUCUACAGGCAUUAGAUCAUGGCAGGGACAAAACCUACAGGUGUUCUUUUUCUUCACAUCAUGUCCCUUCUGUGUAUAACUACCCUUUGCUUGCCAACUCAAAGGAUUUUAGACUUUGAUGUAGACGGUGGACGGGACCUUGACAUUUUUGACAUCAAUGAAGAGGCAGGGCUGAAUCUGGUAGAGGGGGACAUUGUGAUUGAUGAGAAGCUAUCUCGUAAUUCCAUCAUUGGUGAGGAGUACCUGUGGACAAAAACAAUUCCUUACUACAUGGAAGAUGACUUAGCACCUUCUAGGUUCUACAACCCCCAAGGCACUUUACAACACAUCCAGUCAUUCACCCAGGCACACACUCAUUCACAUGCUGGUGGUGAUGAGCUACAAUGUUCAUGUUGCCUUCAUUUGAACCCUUUUGGAGCUCCAAUGUGGCAACAGCUGCUCUGGGGUACACUGGCUCAGGUGAAGCUCCCUGACAACCACCAGCAGGAAAGGUGGAAGAUAAACGCAAAGGGUGUGAUUCUAAAAGCCUUUGAACAGUACCGCCUCAAGACUUGCAUUGACUUCAAGCCAUGGAACGGGGAAGAAAACUACAUCUCUAUCUUUAAAGGCGAUGGCUGUUUUUCUUCUAUUGGCAAUCGGCGAGUUGGGAAGCAGAGACUGUCAAUAGGAACAAACUGUGACCGCAUUGCCACCAUAGAACAUGAGUUCCUACAUGCUCUGGGCUUCUGGCACGAGCAGUCCAGAUCAGACCGUGAUGAUUAUGUCCAAAUCAUGUGGGAUCGCAUCUUAAGUGGCAAGGAGCACAACUUUAACACCUACAAUGACACCACCUCCAGCUCUCUGGGCGUGCCCUAUGACUACGGCUCCAUGAUGCACUACAGUAAAACUGCUUUUCGUAACGGCACUGAGCCCACCAUCGUCACCAAGAUCCCUGCUUUUAGUGAUGUCAUUGGUCAACGUAUGGAGUUCAGUGACAGUGACCUGCUCAAGCUGAGCCGCCUCUAUAACUGCACUCAAGGAUCCACCUUUCUGGACUCCUGUGAUUUUGAACGUGAAAACAUCUGUGGGAUGAUCCAGGGACCAGGAGAUCAGGCUGACUGGGUCAGGGUCUCUGAAGCUACUGGAGGGCCGGAUACCGACUACUCCAACAUGGGGAAAUGCACAGGCUCAGGGUACUUCAUGCACUUCAACGCUGGUGCAGCCAACACCGGAGACACAGCAAUGCUGGAGAGCAGGAUCCUUUAUCCCAAAAGAGGUUACCAGUGUCUGCAGUUCUUCUACUAUAACAGCGCUGGUCCCACUGACACCCUGAAGAUCUUUGUCAGAGAGUAUAACAGAACCAAUCCCAGUGGAACGCUACGCUUUAUAAAGACCAUAGAUGGAUCUCCUCAGCAGAUGUGGCAGCUGCACCAUGUGAGUCUGGAUGUAAAAACAAAAUUCCGUGUAGUCUUUCAAGGGACCAAGGUGAGCUCUGGAUCUGCAGCAGGAGGACUUUCCCUAGAUGACAUCAACCUUUCUGAAACCACCUGCCCAGAGUUUAUCUGGAGGGUGAAAAACUUCACGAAUCUUUUGGAAAACACCCCAACAAACGGAUUUCUAUUUAGUCCUCCAUUUACCUCGAAGGAGGGUUACAGCUUCCAGAUGCAGCUUUACCCAAAUGGUAAGGGCAAUCUUACCGGGGAACUGGCUGUCUUCGCUCAUCUGGUGGCUCAUGAAGGGGACGCAGGACAGAUAUGGCCAUGUCCUUGGAAACAGAUAACCAUGAUGCUGAUGGACCAACAUCCACAUAUUCAAAAACGCAUGUCCAAUCAGCGCAGUGUCACAACUGACCCCACCAUGAAGGCAACAGAUUCGGACCAGUUUUUCUGGGAUGAUCCUCGUAAGGUUGGUGUUGAGGUGACGGAUCCAGAUGGAUCCAAAUACUUCCGGGGGCCAGGCUCUGGUACUACAGUCUAUCUGACCCAUCUCAGAGCCAAAAGCAGGGAUUUCAUCAAGGGAGGAGAUGCCAUCUUUCUUCUCACCAUGGAAGACGUGUCCCACCUGACCAUGACCCAGCCUCUGCCGUCCACGACUUCAGAACCUGCAACCACAAAUCCUUCAAACAUCUGCUUCAACGUUGAGUGUGAAAAUGGUGGAGUCUGUGUUGCAGAUGAAGGCAAACCUGCUUGCAGGUGUGUGGUUGGUGGUGACUGGUGGUACUACGGGGACAGAUGUCAGCACAAAGGCUCCACCCAGGAUAAAACCACUCUUGCACUUGCCUCCUCCCUGUCUGUACUGGGAGUAAUGCUGGUGAUUCUAGCAGUCAGCAUCAUCUGCGUGAAGAAGAAGUUCAAGAAACGAGCCACAGGUGGCGAAUUAGUUAUGUGGAAUGUGCAGAAUAUUAAAUUCUGAAUAGAACUUACACUUUUUUGUGUGAAAAGAGGAAGAUGUCAGAAUUAUAAACUGAAUUCAACAAUGUUAGGGUGCCACCUGCUGGCCAGUUUGUGUAAAAACAAAGAAUUGAACCUUGUUAGAUAAAAUUGCUAAAAAAAAAUAAAUAUUCUUUUUAAAAACACAAAUGAGUCCCAGCCACUUCAAUUAAAAUUCACAAAUUUUAAAUUUAUUAUACCAAAGACAGGAACAUCUGUUUCUUUUCUAUGUGGAUAUAUUUGUUUGUAUUACUCAACUAGACACAGUCAUGCCGGUGAUAACAGCUACUGUAGGAGGGAGGUGUGAAUGAUAGCCUGCGAGCAUACAUGGCUGUGUGUGUGUGUGUGUGUGUGUGUGUGUGUGUGUGUGUGUGUGUGUGUGUGUGUGCAUGCAAAUAUCUUGUAGUGUUAAAUAGAUACAGUGAUGACUACAGAACGUCACAGUUGAACAAAGUGAAACAAACCAUUGAAACCCAGUACAGAAAUAUUGUACGGAAUGUUGGUUUCUAUCCUGCAAUUCCUCAUUUAAAUGCGUGUGUGUGUGUGUGUGUGUUUUGGUGGGCCUACACUGUAAGAUAAAAGGUGGGGGGAUGACGCCUCCAUGACAGCAAAUGAUACAUCCUCCCAACCACUAAAACUUUCACCGACAUACAGGUUUGCAGUUCCUUUAAAAUCAUCAGUAUACAACAUUUCUCUUAUUUACAAUCAUUGAAAAAGGAAAGAAUCAACAUUUCUCUCAGAGAAGAUUAGUAUAAGUGACUGAGUCACCAUAAAAAGUAUGCAACUCCUAGGAGUUAGUAUUGAAAAUUUCUACAAAAAAUUUCUAGAUCAUUUUACGGGCAAGAGCCAUGAUUUACUGAAGAAACACAGUAUUUGAAGUGCCCUAUCUACAUUGGUUAAGUGUGGUAUUAAUGGUGUAGGCUUCACCAUCGCUCACUGAUAAUAAAAAGAUAGUUCUCUUCUUCCAAAAGCCUCCUUUAGCAACUUUGCUGCUUUCACAUUUAAAAGAUAUGAUUUACAAAACAACAAAACCAUGAAUUCGUUACCCAUGUUAGAAAUUGUGGCAAGCUAAUGCUAUUGCAAAUAGACUAGUGUUGAUUAAAUACUCAGCUGGUCGUCUACUGUAAAAAUAAAGUUCCAGUCUUUGUGAAGGUCAUGACCACUGACAGUAAAGAUCUGUGUGGAUUUGUUAAUGUUGAGAUUCAUUAAAGGGCUUGUUUGCUUGUUUCA